AUGACCCAAUCCGCCGACACGCCGAUCGAGCGCUUCAAGCGCGCCACCGCAGCCACCUUGCGAUCGAUUGCUCGCGACGCGGAGCUGACCGUCGGAUUCAGUGGAAGCCAGCCGGGCCAGCCCCCGGCGCAGUCGCAGGAGACGACCGAAGUCCGGCUGCCGCUGCCGAGCCGCGACCUGCCGUUGGAAGAGGUGCUGCUGGCCCGCGGCGAGUGCGACGCGGCGGCGCUCAGACAGCGCUAUCACAAUGAAAAGGUGCACGGACGCAGCCGCCCGCACGAACAGGUCGCUCGAGAGAUCUACGACGCGGUUGAGCAGGCCCGCUGCGAGGCGCUGGGUGCCCGGCGGAUGGCGGGCUGCGCCAUGAACCUGGAUGCGGUUCUGGACGACCGCUACCGGGCGCGGGGAUACGAUCGCAUCCGCUCGCGCGAAGAAGCCCCGCUGUCGGAGGCGCUGCGGCUGCUGGCCCGCGAAGCGAUGACCGGAGAAGCGCCGCCAGCCGCCGCCCGAACUCUGGUCGAGGUCUGGCGACAGGCGCUCGACCCCCGCAUCCUGCAGGAGCUGCACGACCUCAAGUCGGUGAUCGGCGACCAAAGCGCCUAUGCCAAGGCCGUCCGCCAGAUGAUCGCCGAUCUGGACCUGGAAGCGACCAGCGACGAGGAACUGGAGGACGACGAACAGGAAGACGAAGGCGGCGAAGAUCAGUCGGAAGAGACUCCGGAUCAGAUGCGCGGCGAGGGCGGCGAGCAAGACAGCGGUGAAAGCGCCGCGGCCAGCGACGGCGAGCAAGCCGAUCUAUCCGACGCGGAGGCCGCGGAUCAGGAGGUGGCGGAAGCCGACGGCGAGAUGAUGGACGGAGCCGCCGACGAACAGCCCGGCCAACCGGGCCGCCGCCCGGAACACGACCGCCGCAACGCGCCCGAAGACGAGCUGUACCACGCCUUCUCCACCAAGCAUGACGAGGUGGUCGAGGCGCCCGACCUCUGCGAUCCCGAUGAACUGACGCGGCUGCGCCAGAUGCUGGAUCAGCAGCUCAACCACAUGCAGGGUGUGAUCGCGCGGCUGGCAAACCGGCUGCAGCGCCGUCUGAUGGCAAAGCAGACCCGGGCCUGGGACUUCGAUCUCGAAGAAGGCUUGCUCGAUACCGCCCGCCUGGCCCGCAUCGUCGCCAAUCCGACCCACUCUCUCUCCUACAAGAUGGAGAAGCAGACGGACUUCCGCGAUACGGUCGUCACGCUUCUGAUCGACAAUUCCGGUUCGAUGCGCGGACGCCCGAUCUCCGUGGCGGCCAUGUCGGCCGACAUCCUGGCGCGCACGCUGGAACGCUGCGGCGUCAAGGUGGAAAUUCUCGGCUUCACCACCCGCAUGUGGAAGGGUGGGCAAUCCCGGGAAUCCUGGAUCGCGGCCGGCAAACCGUCGCUACCCGGCCGCCUGAACGACCUGCGCCACAUUAUCUACAAGUCGGCCGACACCCCCUGGCGGCGGGCACGUCGCAAUCUCGGCCUGAUGCUGCGCGAGGGGAUCCUGAAGGAAAACAUCGACGGCGAAGCGCUGCUCUGGGCGCACAACCGCUUGCUUGCUCGGCCGGAGCAGCGGCGGAUUCUGAUGGUGAUUUCCGAUGGCGCGCCGGUCGACGACUCGACCCUUUCGGUCAAUCCAGGCAAUUACCUGGAAAAGCACCUGCGCGAGGUCAUCACCUACAUCGAAGGACGCAGCCCUGUGGAGCUGAUUGCGAUCGGGAUCGGCCACGACGUGACGCGCUAUUACCGCCGCGCCGUCACCAUCGUGGACGCAGAACAGCUCGGUGGCACCAUGCUGGAGAAGUUGGCGGAACUGUUCGACGAGGAAGGCCCUCAGACCGGUCGAGGCCCCUUGCGGCGACUGGCUGGGUAG